UGUGAGAUUCGUCACUUCACUGUAUCCAUCCGUGAAAUCAGCACUUCAAACAUGAAACUGAUCGUAGCUCUCUGCUUGGUCGCGGUGGCGGUUGCUGCCCCUCCCUCAAGGGCAAACUACUCCCCAGACAAUGUUCAAAUUGUCAAAUAUGACAACGACAACCUGGGACUCGGAGACUACAGAUUCGCUUUUGAACUGACCGAUGGUACUGGCGCAGAGCAACAGGCUGAGCUCAGGAACGCGGGUAAGGAGGACGAGUCCAUCGCUGUGAAGGGUUCCUUCACCUGGGUGGGACCUGACGGUGUGUUCUACCGUGUCAACUACGUUGCUGACGACAACGGUUACCAGCCCGAGAUUGAACAGGGUCCCGGAGGAGCCGUCCCACCCGCAGUCGUUGCUUCUCUCCUUGGUUAAUUUAUAAGACUUUGUUGUUUAAUUUAUUGUAUUACCAAAAAUAUGUAUAAUAUUACUAUUAAAAUUGUUGACUAAAUUGUA